UUGCAAAACAACGUACGUAAAAUUAUUAUUUAAAUAAUUUUUUUUAAUUUCAAUUUUCUUAAGUAGAAACAUCAUUGCAAUGCAUUUAAAAACUUUUUUAAUGUUUUUUUCAGUAUGUUUUUUUAUCGGAACAAUGAGCAUAGGACUUACUGCUCAUCAAAUAAAUUUUUUUCAAAAAUUGAUAUGGGAAUAUGACGAUAUUGAAACGAUAAAUCGUGCUUUAUUAUGUAGUGGUAUCGAAGAGAAUUACAAUGAUUAUAGCCUUGAAGAUACGCCAGGCGUAAGACUCAUAAAGAUUAUGAAUUUUUUGGUUGGUGUUGAAAAGUGGGGUGAUAACAAAAAAGUGGAAAAACUAAAUAUUGAAGAGGUUAAAAAAAUCUCAACUGAGUUCUAUACAAUUGACAUAAACAAAAAUGGCCAUUUAGAAAAAGAAGAAUUCACAAAUUUUUCUUUCAAUCAUUAUUUUAUUGAAAUCAAAGAAAAGUUCUGUGAUAUCUUUGAAAAAUCUGUGAUGUAUGAUUUGAUAAAAGUUCCUCAUUUAAGAAGCGACAUAUGUGAUGUAAUGUUAAAAGUAUUAAAGUGCAGGGCACUUAUUAAUAAUACAGAAUAUGGUAAACUUGAUGAGAAGAAAACUAGUGACACAUUACUAUCCAUUUCAGGAAAUAAAAAUAAGGAUCCAGAAUUCUUCAAAUCAUAUCAUGAAGAAUACUAGACAGAUGUAUUAUAUAUGUAUAAAAGUAUUAUUUUGUUUAAAUUUUCAAUAACUCAUGUUUUUUUCAAAUAUUCUAAAAUUAUAAAAAGCUGUAAUCCCUACAUGCAAACAUUUAUUGUAUUUUAUUACUAUUAUUAUUGUAGCCAUUGGUCGUUGGCACUGGCCACAACCAUUAUCUUUAUUAUAUUAUGUCAUAUAUUAUGCAAUGUUACAUUACGAAAUUUUUAUUAUGGCGUUGAUAUUAAUUUUUUAUGUGCUUUAUGAAAAUACAAUUAUGUUUUUAAAAGUUUAAAGAAUCAA